CAUGCCACACGCUCGCUCACUCUUUGCCUUCUAGUCAUGAUAGAAUCCGACUGUGACUACAUGCCUUCUCGCUACCGGUAGUGCCUAGUUAUUUCCACGCCGCGUCGGCGUAAACCGCUCAACAUGCUCGAGUUCCGGACUCAAGGGUACAACGGGUACUCCGUCAAGUACUCACCCUUCUUCGACUCGCGCAUCGCAGUCGCGUCUUCCGCAAAUUUUGGCCUCGUAGGGAACGGACGACUCUAUAUACUAGUACUCACAGCAAACGGGAUUGCAGCUGAAAAAUGGUUCGACACCCAAGACUCCCUCUUCGACAUCGCCUGGUCCGAGUCCCACGAGAACCAGAUCCUCACCGCCUCCGGCGACGGUAGCAUCAAGCUCUUCGACAUCUCUCUAAACCAAUUCCCCAUCCAAUCCUGGACCGAGCACGCCCGCGAAGUCUUCUCCGUCCACUGGAACCUCGUCGCCAAAGACACCUUCCUCUCCUCCAGCUGGGACGGCACCAUCAAGAUUUGGAACCCCACCCGCGCCGAGUCCCUCGUCACCCUCCCCACACAUAGCUGCACCUACUCCGCCCAAUUCUCCCCGCACAACCCCAGCCUCCUCAGCGCUGUGAGCAGCGACUCCCACCUGCGCGUCUUCGAUCUAAGGACACCAGCGAGCGCAUCGAACCACCUUACCCUCAGUAUACCGACCCACACCCCCCCGAAAGCUCGAAUGGGCGUCGCGCCUCCCGUCGGCAUACCCCCUAGCGAGGCCCUCACGCACGACUGGAACAAAUACCGCGACAGCGUCGUCGCGACCGCCGGCGUGGACCGCUGCAUCCGCACCUUCGACAUCCGCGCACCAGGGGCCGGCCCUGUGGCUGUUCUCCCAGGCCACGAGUACGCGGUGCGCAAGGUGAGCUGGAGCCCGCAUCUCAGCGACAUCCUGCUCAGUGCGAGCUACGACAUGACGUGCCGCGUGUGGACGGAUGGGAGCGCCAUGGGGGUUGGGCAGCAGGGGGGACAGGGACAAGGACAGCAGGACCCGAUGGUCUUUGGGAACGGGCGCGAGCUGGGGAGGAUGGGGCGGCAUACGGAGUUUGCGACGGGGGUGGAUUGGUGUCUGUUUGGGGCUGAGGGGUGGUGUGCGAGUGUGGGGUGGGAUGAAAGGGUGUUGGUGUGGGAUGUUAGGGCCAUUAUGGGACCAUGAGGGGUGUGAGGUGGAGUUUGGCGUUUCGACGGACAUAUUUGGAUGCAUAUAUUGGGUUGCAUAGCUCGAUUUACGAUGGUAUCAUGGGUCAUGAGAAGACGUUGUCCAAGAGACGAUGUUACAUUUAUUGCAUCACGUCUGGAUUUUCUACAAGGUAUUGGAGGGCCUCGGACAGUGCUAGACGAGUGUGAAAAGGUGGCUAAGAUAUCAGUCUGAUUUACAGCAUGAGAUCUUUCAAAUUGGCCUCAGAUUUUAAUCAUUCAUGAGGGUCACUCAGACGGUGCUAAACGAGUGUGAAAAAUAGCGAAGAUAUUAGCCUGAUUUACAGCCUGACGAACCUUACGUUCAACUACAUAUGUUUGUAAUGUGUUGGAGGACUUCAGACAGUCGUAACGAGUGUAAAACAUAGC